AUGGCGGAUUUAAACGUAAACAUACUUUCCCGGUUUACAAAGCUACCAGACAGGAAUCAAGCGACUGUUUUGGUAAGCUAUAUGGAUCUUACUUGAAUCUAUUUUUACUUCCCUGCUUUCGUAUGCUUUGAAACGUUCAAUUAGCAAAUGAACAUGCUAUUUUCGACUUUUUACAUACAGUUUGUUGGGGUGAAGGGUGUCGGAAAGCACCGAUUAGCAAGAUCUAUGCUUGGUAUUCAUGCGGAUUUCUCGGUUCAGAUGUAGGUUGAGUCUUUCCUUCUCUUCUUGUUCAAGAAAAAUUUCUGUGAAUUAAUUAACUGGUGUAUAUUCUUUACAUGCAAAAAAAAGUAAUAGAGUAGUAAUUUUGUUUCACAGUCGAGUUGCAACAAGUCUUCCUUUGCCUGAGGAUGCUGAAAAUAAAAGACCCAGAAUCGAUUUCGUUGUGCUGUUUAUUGAUUUAACUAAUACUCUGAGGUAAUUAUGAGAGAAAUUCCCUCUUACUCAUUUGGCACGAUUUCCGUAUUAGUCCUUAGUAUUACUUCUUAAGCGCAGUUAUUUGAUAAAUAAAAACGAUGGCGAAAAUAAGACUAAGAAUAAUUAUGGGAUUAUAUCCGAAUCUUUCUAUCCGAAUCUUUCUUUUUAAAACUAGCUCAGAUCAAUGAUUUGUUUCUUCUCCACAAGCUUGGAGACAAUAAGAUCAUCCGUGAAGCAUCUAGACAUUGAUUACUUCCUGGGACACUGUUGCUUUGUUGUGACACAAGGUAAGCUUAUAUUUACCAAGAACUUCUGUUUAAGGCAAAAAAAAAGCAGGCAUUACUUAGCUUAUGCAUUGAUCAAUUAGAAUCUUCAAAAUUUUUUUUGUGAAAGGCAAGAUCAGCAACCCUGACUAAUUCUUGUCAACCCUUUCUCCUAGGCCAUCUGCUUUCUGCUUGUGAAAGUGAAUUUUUUACCUUAAAACACCCCCAUAUCAAAAGUCAAAACACAUCCAUUCAGCUGGGAAGACUUGCCAAAUCUGCUUCAAAUUGCCCACCCCAGUCAGGCAAGGUUCAAAUUCUCUACCCCCCAGGCAUGGAUGACAGACAAAUAACUAUGGGUUUCGCUGAAGGGAGGAUGUUGAAGUUUCAAAUUGAUCGGCACAUUACUGGGAAUAAAACUUUUAUUUACUAGUGGUGGCAUUUUUGUAAUUUUUUAUACAAUUUUGCACAGGUCUUUUAUAAUUUGUAACUUCAGCAAAUGUGGGGGUGGGGAUGGAGGUGGGGUAAAGACAUGGUGCAGAAUUGAACAUCUCCAGCAUCUCUGAUAACUUCUUGCUUUUCAGCUAAAAAUGAAGCCUUGCAUGCAUUCAGUAUCCAGGAGGUAACAAGUCUUGCAGACAGUUAUGACUCACCUUUAAUUUGUGCUGACAUGGAGGUGAGCAUUAAAACGGAAUUUUUAAUAACACAGCACACUGAGGUGCAAACAGAUGAAACUUAUUUGUGUGUGCUAUAUGUAAAAAAUAUCUUUUAAACCACACAAAAUGACUAAUUGAAAGUGAGUUGAAAAUUAUUCAUCUGCCCAAGCCAUCAAGUAUGGGUUCAUCAACUUCAGAGUAGGUUGCCUGCAAACCGAAAACUUUGAGAAAAAUUGAUGUAAAUGUGCUAUUUGAAGAACCAGUAAGGAAAAACUCAACUAACCCUUUAAACCCUAAGAGUGACUAAGGUGUGAUUUCUCCAUACAGUAAUACAGCUGAAUCAUCCAUUAAGAUCACGAGAAUAAAAGAAAUAUGAUUGCCAAUAUUAAAAGCAUUGAUUGUUAGGUGAACUCUCCUUGUAAGUGACAUAGGAAAUGUAUGGAGUAGAGUAUCGAGACUAUGGAUACUGAUGUUAGGGUGUAAAGGGUAAAGUUGAUAUGGAAAUGAUGUCACUCAGGUUCAAGUAUCCUUCACAGUAAUUCUUUUGAAUGCUUCCCUGGGUUGCUCAAUGAAAUCCCAAAAAGGGCUGCAAAAGGAACAUUCAGUCUCCUAUGAACUUUGAAGCAUUAAGGGAGUCCCCUUGAAAACAAGUGGCAUAACUACAGGAGAUUUUGAAAAUGUUUCUUGAUUUAACCCUUUCACUCCCAAGAUCUCAAUUAUAGUAAUUCAGUUUUCUGUCUGCCUUACAAUUCUUAUGAUGUUAGUUUGGAGAAUUUGGUAUAGCAUCAAGUAGUAAUCCCUUAAUUUAAAUUUUUCUUUAUUGUCAUCACUAUUCUGCUUGAUAUUUUAUUUUAAGGAGAAAGUCUGCCUUGGUCAUUCAAGGGAGUUUGAGGGUUAAAGCUCUGUUGCUCAUUUUCUGAUUGAUAUUUAAGUCCAUUAGAAGAAAAUUUUAUAGUCAUAUGACUCUGAUCAUGAUUAUUUCACUGUCAAAGUAUCAGUCCUUGAGAACAAUAUUUUUCAGGACUACCAAGUACCUUCAAACAUCACCCUUUUAUUUUUCCCUCCAAAUGCAGAAAGAGGAAGACAGGAAAUUCUUGUCAAGAAAACUUCUUCACCUCCUUGAAGUAUCAUGUGGAUUUUCUGCUGAUGUAACAACAUUAUUACUGGACACAACAAGGAAAUCAUUUGUGUUCGAGGAUGAACUAAACGAUACAAUGGAGUAAUUUCGCUGAAAAAAAGGAAAAAAAAACUGACUUGUUGUUCACCAACUUCC